AUGGCCAGCGCGACAGCGGAAAGAGACGGUUGUGACGGACGGCGAAAUGGAGAGAAAAGCGUUGUCGCCCUCUUUGACCUCGAUGGAACUCUCACAGAGCCCAGACAGGCCGCCUCCAAGGAUACACUGGAGCUGCUGCGGAGGCUUCGAGAGAAAGUUGCGGUUGGGAUCGUGAGCGGCUCCGACGCGCCCAAACUUCGCGAGCAACUUGGGAACGCCAGUUUCAGCGCCUUCGAUUUUGUCUUCUGCGAGAACGGAUGCGUCGUGUACGAAGACGGCCAUCUCAUCGCCGAGCAGAGCCUGGCGUCUCAACUCGGAGAGGAACGACUCAAAGAGCUUAUCAACUUCUCUCUUCGCUACAUUGCUGAUCUUGAUAUUCCUGUGAAAAGAGGCACGUUCGUUGAGUAUCGACACGGCCUCCUCAAUGUGUCGCCGAUCGGUCGGGGCUGCAGCCAGGCGGAGCGCGACGCCUUCUUUCAGCUUGACAAGCGCGAGAAAAUCCGCGAAAAAUUCAAAGACGUUUUGGAAAAAAACUUUGCGUCUUUCGGCUUGCGAUUCAGCAUCGGCGGCCAAAUAUCGAUUGACUGCUUCCCCGAAGGGUGUGAUAAGCGCUUGGCCCUGCCGUACCUAACAGACCGAUUCCAGACCAUUCACUUUUUCGGCGACAAAACAUAUCCUGGCGGAAACGAUCACGAGAUCUUUGAAGACCCACGGACAGUCGGCCACACAGUGGCGAAUCCCGAGGAGACGAAGAAGCUGAUCGGCAGCCUCUUCGGUUGCUUUUGA